AUCUGGGCGCUGCUCUUCGGAACCAGUUGUGCAUAGACUGGUUCUUUUCGGCACCUUUUGUUGUUGUUCGUUUUUAGUCUGUGUUUCAUACUUCAUCGUUUAAGGGCAACGGAAGCAGAAUUGCCUGUCAAUUGUAAACAAAUCACAAAAGAGCUGUUAAAUUCAUUCAAAUCAUUGACAUUUGAUAGUUGUCGAUAACCCACAUGUCAUAUUCAAAUAUUUUUCGCGACCACAUCAGUUAAUAAACGAGUUUAUCGAGUAGUUGGAAGCAAUUCAAUGACGUCUGAAUAAAUCGGUGGAAACAAAAAACAUUGAAAAUGAUGGAAGUAAGCCAGAACAUGGAACUUAAGGAACUCUCUACAGAGGAGGCUUUGAUGCGAACCCUAUCCUCAGAACCCCUGUCCACCCCUGCAAUUGUCAACAAAUCCAGUCUAACGUCUGUCGAUGAAGAGAAUCUUUGUGAGCUCAUCAAUGACGUCGAUACCUCCGAUAGCGUCAAGGCUAUUGACAAAACGAAAAAGAUAUCGGAACGAGAACGUAAUCCAGGCAGUGAUCUGGACGCGCUCCUUGACAAGAUAAGCUCUAUUGUGGCUUGCAGUCCUAAGAAUUCCGACGAUCUUGAGUCCCUCGAUAUAGACGAGGAAUGCGACUCUGUGUCGACGAAGUUGGGAACAGCUGCUGAUACGGACGAAAAUCGUACAGAGCAAAGAGAAAAACCAGAACAAGAAGAAGGAGAAGAGGUGCCUAGUUCUCUAGAAGCAGAAGAGUGCGUCGAUGCGGAUUCUGAGUUAAAGACUGAGGAGAAAGUAGACGAAACUAAAGAACACGCUCCAGCCAUCGAAUCCACACAGAAUACCGAUGAUUUGGCUGAGCCAGAAGGAGAGAGUAAAGAAGCAUUAAUAGAUGAAAAAUUAAAGUCAAAGGAAGAUGAUGAAGAUGAAGUCACAGCACAUACUGCGAAAAGCAUUGAAAAGAACCGGAAAAACACAUCAACAGAUGAUGUGUUUAUGGAUGCUUUAGAGACCAUUUCCAGUUCCGAUGAGUUUGAUGCCUUCGCCUCUCAGGACUCCAAGAAGAUCAAGUCAAGCAAAGAACUAAACACGGAAGAUAAAUCACCUGCCAAUGAUCUAGAAGAGAUUUCAUCUGAUGAAGAUACAAAUAAGGAUGAGAAAGUAUAUAAGGUCGGUGAAUGUGAAAACCCCAACCAGGAGGUUAUAGAUUUAGAUUCGUCGGGCGAAUGUCAGGAAUGCGAAACGCCAACAGAGCUCGGGGAAACUGUAGCUGAAACAGAAGGGACUGAGGAAGUUACCCAUGCGAAAGUUUCUGCGAAAGAUUCAUUGAAUUUAGAAAAGAAUAUCUCAGGAAAGUCCGUGAAUGCGGCCGAAGAUGAGCAAGUCGAAGCGGGUGAAGAGAAAGAAAAGUUAACAGAAGGUAACGAACCCACGGAGUCCACGUUAGUAGAAGACGAGGAACCAACGGUAACCGAACAGUCGAAAGAGUCUAUUCUAAUCCACAGCGAAGAGUCAAUGGAUGUCGAUAAACCGGAUGAGUCCAAAGAAUCCUUACAAAGAAUCAAAGAGCACAACGAAAGAGAAGAGCCUGAAAAGCCCAAAGGAACAACAAAUGCGGAAAAGGCGAAGGAAAAUGAAGAUUUGGAGAUCGAAAUAAUAGAAGAGUCGGAAGGAGACACCAAGGGAAAGGAAGAUCCAAACACAACCCAAAAGGUGAAAGGUGUAAAGGAAACAGAAAAGCCAGAACCCGUGGAGGUCGAAGAAGAAGAAACAGAAGAUCCCAAAAAGGAGGACCAAAUUGAUGUUGAGGCUCAAACUCAAACCCAGGCAAUGAAUGACACAACCAUAGAUGGUAUGCUUAUAGAAGCGGACAAGGAUGUGGUAGAGAUCGAAGAAAAAAAGGCUGCAGACGAUAAACCUGCGGUUAUAUCAGAAAACGAUAAACCCACUAUAAAUGGAGAAUGCGAAAUUUCAACUGAUGACAAUAUAAAGGAUUUGGAAAGCAAGAAAACGACGGCUGUUGAAGAGGAGACCAAAGAAACGGAGUCCGAUGACGAAGUCAUUUUCUUUGAACCCCUCGAGAAGACCGAAAAAGUGGAAACUUCAGCAAAGUCAACGAAUGAAUAUUCUGAGAAACCACUAGCUAAGGAUGACGAAGUUGUUCUUGUCUCCGAGGAUGAGGAUGAAACACCCCAGGCUAAGAUACCGGAGAAGGAAGUUCAGACUUGCCAAAAGGAAACAGCUUUAAAAGGUGUUUCCAAUGAGUCCGCUACAGAAUCAGCUGAAGCUAAAGACCUGCAAAUAGACAAUUCCGACAAUGCUUGCGAUCAGUUUGAGAAACUGAAGACCCAUGAUACGGUGAAGCCAACUGCCACAGAGGAUGGGAACAGUAAUUCCAGUAAUCUACUGCGUCCUGCCGAGUACACGGAACAGUCGGCUCCAAAACGUCUGCGUCUCAGUACCGAUGAAAAAAUAGAACCCGAAGCGCAGACGGAACAAGAAGCAUCCUCAAAACUCAGCGGAGCAGAGGAUGUUGUAAAGGAUGUAACCAAGCGGAGCCAUGAUGAUCUGGACAGCCCUCAGGAGGAGAUACCUAAUAAGAAAGUUAAGACUGAUGACUCUGACUCAAACAGCUCCCAUGAAGGCACGCUACAAAUUGAUAUGGAUGGUCAGGAAGACGAUGUGAAGACUAAAAAAGAAGAAUCCCCCAAACAAGAAGUCGAAAAGAAACCCGAAUUCGACCUUAGACCUGUUCCCGAAAUUAAACAGGAUGUUAAGCCCCUGCGCCUGGAAUUCUUUAGGACCUUCAGACGGAAUUUCGACACAAUGACCCGUGACGACCUGGAGGAGCUGGUGCUGCAAAAAGUUGUCGAGGCGAUGUUGAUUAAAAGUGAUUUCGCAGAAAUCCGUAUGCAGCUGGACAAAUGCGAGAGCACUCUCGCCAAUUAUCGCCGCAAGAUUGCCGAAGUGUCGAAGCAAUUCCUGGAUUUGGAGACGGUGCACAAGCGGGUGCUUAAAGACUUGGAGGCUAAAAACUCCCAUUUCACUGCUCCUGUGCGGAUAACGCGAGCUGUUGGUCUUCAGGUGGGCAUUCCGUUCAAGGCCAUAAAGCCCGCGGUCGCCGUUCCGGAGCCAUCUCAUGCUGCUGGCAGUGUGUUGGCGCCGCCCAGUGGAACGCCACCCAAGGCCAGCACCAGCCCUUUGCGAUCGACAAUGCGACCAAGACCACCUCCUCCGCCUGCCUUUGGACCAUCCACAUCCUCAUCCGCCACGGGUCCGGGCACCAGUGCCUCUCAGAACUCCAAUCCUCCACAGCAGCCAGCACGGUCAUCGCAAUCCUUGACCGCGGCUAGUGUUACGCAACCUGUGCGCCGGGGCUGCCUGCAGAAGGUCACGCCCCAGCGACCGGUACCUGGUAACAUACCGCCACAGGUGCCACAGGUCAACAAUCAGGCCAACGCUCACCGUCUGCAGUCCUCACCGCCUGUAGCCCAGAGGACAAUGCACGCAUCCAAGCACACCGGAACCACUGGCUCCGCACCUUCCACGGCGGCUAAUGCGACAAACAAAGCCGUCAUGCGUGGCCGGAACUCAACAUCCGCUUACUUAGCGCAGAAACAGCAGCAACAACCGCAACAGCCGCAGCAACAGUUCCAACCACCUCGACCUGGUCCCGGUUCCACCACCCCAGGACCGAGUCCCGCCAAGCACGUGCCAAAGUGCACGACGAAAGUGCGCGCCCAGCAGUCACCUCUUUCGGGGGCCACGGUCUCAGUUCCCAUGUCAUCUAGCGGCAGUGGGUCGGGAUCUGGCAGCUAUGGACAGCAGCAGCAGCCCAGCUUGGCGCCGGCCAAGCCCAAGGAGAAGGCAGUCAUUGACCUCACAGAUGAGGAUGAUGCAGCGGCUGCGGCGGCGGCAAGGGCUGCCCAGGCUCAAAUCGAGGCUAACGCUCGCUUGCGUCAGGCAUCCAAUGCGGCGGUUAAGCGGAAUGCUCAGGCUGCAGCAGCGGCAAGAGGAGGACGCGGAGGUGGAAAUGUGGUGCGAGCUUCUCCAAUGCAAUUGGGUCGCGUUAAUGCGCGACAGUUAGUUCAGAAUAAUGGAGGAGGUCAGCGAAGUUCCUUGGGCUCAAACGUAACUAUGCAGAUACGCUCGGAGAAUACCCCGCCAGCAGCCUCCCGUUUAAGAUAUUCACAUCCCGCGCCAUUGCCAACGUCUCCCGCCCAGACCUUUAAUCCAUCCUGGAAAGUGCCUCCAUCGCGACCAGUUAUCCGGAUAAGUCUCCUUGACACUGGCAUCGUUAUAUCCUGGACGCUGGAGGAUACGAGCCCGCGGUUCGCAGAGUGCGUUACGUACCAGAUCUAUGCAUACCAGGAGACGAUUCACGAGCCCAGCACGGAUAGCUGGCGGCAUGUGGGCGAUGUCAACGCUAUGUUGCUGCCUAUGGCCGUAACUCUAAAUCAGUUCCAGGAGAACCAGAGGUAUUACUUUGCUGUUCGGGGCGUUGAUAGUCACCAGCGAUUCGGGCCGUUCAGUGUUCCCAAGACCUGGUCGUAAACGGACUGGUCUGACAUCUUCCUUAGGUGUAGAUCCUAGUUUUAGUAGACCACAUGUAAUUUAUUUUAGUCCUUGGAAAUUCGUUCUCGAAACUAGCCGGAAUUAUGAGUUUAGUCUUAAGUUAUGCAGAGUUUUUGAAGAAAUUUUAAGAAGUAACAAACAAGUUAUGCCAAGCAGCCAAUCCUCUGCAGCUGAAAGUCACUCAGAAAAAAAAAAACAAAACAA